UCGGGUCUGUCAUUCAGCUGUAGCGGGGGAGAUCUCUCACACAGCGGUAUACUGAACGCGUCUGUACCGGGUGUAAGGAGUUUCGUUUUCCAGUUGAAAACUGCCUCUCUGUUUUUAAAGAAGUUACUCGUCGUUGAAAUAAGUUGUCGUUGUUAAAACGGUUCGGGUUCCACUUGUGAGAAGACUGUCGUGAUGUAUGGGUUAGCAAGCUACCGUUAGCCGCUAAACUAGCAUCCACGGUCCGUGUGGAAAGAAGCGGACUUCCAGCUCACUUUAUCGGCUGUGUUUGGGUCAUAAACAUUGAAUUAAACAUGGAGGAAAACAGUGGCCUCAUGAGGCACUUUCGCUAUCUUCAGGACCCGCACCUUGUCGCCCGCUUCCAGCACAUGUGUGGAGUACGUGGGACCUUUUCCAGAAGCGCCUCUGUCGCCAACAGUAGCGGCAUCAGCAAGCGAGAGGAGCGGGCUCGCUCGCACAACAACGGGGCAUGUCAGCAUCGCGUCAACGGGGGAGAUGGGAGUGAAAAGUUGGCGGGUUUCGGAGCUGGUGACGGCGGGGUGGUGACAAUGAGAGCAGACGGGGUUCGGAAGAGGACAGACCUGGAAAACCACGCGGGCGAUUGUGAAAAUGCUCCCAAGAACGGGUCAGUGUUGUCCGGAGCGUCCGCCGGCGGAGUCGCGGCUGGUGUGGCCAGCAACAGUCGCACCCUCUCUGGGGCUCCUGCCGCGGGUGCCGGCGUCGUCGGCAGCAGCCGUGCAGCCGGGCCGCUUCUCACGGGGGAAACAAAGGCAGAGGAGACGGGGAACGGCGGGGAAGACUUCCCGGCUUCCUCACGGAGCAGCGCGGUGAAGCCGCUCCGUAGAAACUCUCUUACAGGCGACGCCGGGAUGGAGUUCCUGAUCGAGAACCGGUUCCUGUACUACCUGUUCACCUUCGGAACCGAGCUGGGCAACGAGCUCUUCUACAUCACCUUCUUCCCCUUCGUCAUGUGGAACCUGGACGCCCUCGUGGGCCGGAGGCUGAUCAUCGUGUGGGUGUGGGUCAUGUAUCUGGGACAGUGCACCAAGGACGUGAUCGGCUGGCCGCGGCCCGCUUCACCGCCGGUGGUCAAAGUUGAGAUGUUCUACAACUCGGAGUACAGCAUGCCGUCCACACACGCCAUGUCCGGCACGGCCAUCCCCUUCUCCCUGUUCCUCAUCACCUAUGGACGAUGGGAGUAUCCGUUCGCGCUGGGCUUCAGUGUGGCUCUCUGCUGGUGUCUGCUGGUCUGCGUCAGUCGAAUCUACCUGGGAAUGCACUCGGUCCUGGACGUCAUUGCCGGUUUCCUGUACAGCGUCCUCAUCCUGCUCUUCUUCCUGCCGGCCUUGGCCCCGAUCGACGACUUUAACCUGACGUGCCGCUUCGCGCCGCUCAUCAUCAUCUCGCUGCACCUGGGCCUCGGCCUCUUCUCCUUCACGCUGGACACCUGGAGCACGUCGCGGGGCGACACCGCUCAGAUCCUGGGCACGGGCGCCGGCGUGGCGCUGGCCUCGCACAUCAACCACUACCUGGACCUGCUCCCUGACCCCGCGCCCGAGCAGCUGCCGCUCACCUUCCCCGCCCUCGGCGUGGGUCUGGUGGCGGCGGCCGCGCUGCGCAUCGCCGUGGGCGUCCCCGUGCUGGUGGCCACGCGGGCGCUGAUGAAAGCCGUGACCAUCCCGCUGGUGUGCCGCGUGUGCGGCGUUCCCAGCGACGACGUGAGGAAGGCGAGGCAGCACAUGGAGGUGGAGCUGCCGUACCGAUACAUCGUCUACGGCACCGUGGGCUUCAACGUGCUCUUCCUGGUCCCGCUGAUAUUCAGCUACCUGCAGCUGUCCUGACCGGAGGACGCCGAGUCCGUGAGUCCGUUCACCUGCUCCAAAACCACUUCAGUCGGUCUGACGCCACAGAAUCCGGAUCCUCUUUGUCCGUUCAGUUCAAAAAAGAAAGAAAAACAUUAGCGACGUGAGCGGAUCAAACGGGAGCAGCUUCCGUCAGUCACUUCCUGUUGAAGAGGAAGUCUUUUCAAAUGUAGCUUUGACUGUUUGUGCCUGUGACGGAGCUAUCGCUCUGUUCUCUCCUCCUCCUCCUCCUCCUCCUCCUCCACCAGCAGCAGCACAAAUUAUUCUCAAAAGCAAACAAACUUCUUCAUUUGUGGCCUCGAGGAAAAACUAAAAGAGAAAACACCACAGCUUUGCUACUGAUCGACGACCUGUGUCUGAGUUUCUGUUGUUUGUUUUUAUUUGUGUUGUUGUUGUUGUUGUUGUUGUUGUUGUUACGAGCAAAGACAAAGAACCACAGAGAUCACGAUUGUAGUUUCCGCGUCUGCGUCGUCACAGAUCCACGCUGCAGAAACAGCUCUCGUCUUCUUGAAAUGGAUUUCCAAUUUUCGUGAAUGCGACGUGAAGUACGUAACGUGAACACAGCGUGAAUGUAAAAUGCGACUCAGUCUUAACUUGUUGUGAAUGUGCUCGACGUCAGUGAUUAAUCCGGUGAUUUUCAAAUCCUCGUCUUUGUGCUUCUUUGUCUUUGUUUCACUUCUCACAGCAAUAAGAUUCCUGUGGUUUAAUCAGA